GUACUGACACACAGUCCACUCAUGCUGAGUUUCAGUGUGUCUCUCCUGCUAGCCUGUAUUCUGGCUCUUUGUCCAGUCCAGUCGGUCCUGCUGGGAGCCAUUAUUGAAGUGCCGAAGUGUCACGACGAUCAUCCCGUCAUCGCGCCUCGCCUUCGAUCAGCACCGCCCUCAUCUAGGCUGAGCCGACCUUCUCCCCGUGAUGUGGAAAGGCAGGCGGUCAACUGCCGCACAUAGAACGGACGCACCAGUUCAACGACGGCAAUCAGUACGGCAAAUCUACUAUGCUGAGGCACAGUCAAGUGAUUGUGUGCUCAGUUAUGAUGAGAUAUGGAAUAUCAUAUCGCUCCAACCUGUACAGGUCAACUAACUAUGGCAGUACCUUCACUAACAUCAUGGACAAGUGGGCAAUUGCCAUCUCUUUCAUACUUCUACUGGAGUGAGAUACCUUUGAUAUUUGUCCAUUCUACUGAGUCCAAACUAUCCUACUCCAACGACCAAUAGCGCAGUUACUACAGUAGAUCUCGACCCUGCCGACCCUCGUUACUACAACUGUUGUCUACCAUCCUACUAGAGAUGGCUGGAUCUAAUGAGAGAUUCACUAGAAACACACUGUACUUGAUAGAGACUAUGGCAAGGACCUGAAGAAGUCCAAGAAAACGUUCCAUCUACCAGUGAGGUGAUGCAGCCUGGGAUGAUGACAUAGAGGGGCUAUUUCAUGACCGCGGGACCCUAAUCGCAAAGUCUGACAUGGAGGAUGAAACACGGCAACCUCUUCGAUCUGACUACCCGAUACACCGGGGAUCUAGCGAGUGAUAACAUACCUCGAGAGACCACGAUGUCUGUUGGUCGUCGCUACAUAUGUGCUCAGCGGACAGACGACGGGUCAUUGGUCUGCAUGCGCGACAGACGCAGGCCGUUAAUAAGAGGCCAUGAUACCAGUACCUGAUGAACAUCGCAACUACUAGUGUCCGUAUCAACGACGUGCAGCUCUAGUGAUAGGAGCACGCGGGAGGUUUCUACAACUCUCUACUGUCGGAUGAGUCUGAGUCUACUACAGCCUCUCUCUACGAGACCUUGUCGUUGACAUUGACUACAACAUGAUCUGGAGCUGAUUGAGGGUCUCAAUGGGCUCAAGCGAGCGGUCAGCAGCAGCACGAGAGAAGACACGUCAGACUGAGCCUGCCUCUCCAUUAGAACGUCAUCUCACUGGACAAUGCGGAUCCUGGGAAGGCUUACUGCCUCCUGACGAGAUAUAAAUGGGACACAAUAAACUGUGAGCCUCCAAACUGCUCCCUCCACCUCCACAUGGACUCCACCAACUACGCCAGAUUGGGAGUCUACUCCACCGAGUCUGCCCCUGGGAUUAUUGUGGCUCAUGGUACCAUUGGUAUUGAACUGAGUAGCAACCCAGAUCUGUUCAUCUCUCGCGACGGCGGUGUCACGUGGGAGCAGACGCUCGCCGGGAGCUGGGGGGUUAACCUGGCAGAUCACGGAGGGUUAAUGGUGGCCGCCAAAGACUACCACCAGGAACAGUCCAUGGUCCUCAAGUACAGCUGCAACGAGGGCUACAGCUGGAGGGAUUUCACCUUCAGCUCCACUGAUAUCACGAUCUAUGGUGUGGUCACGGAGCCAGGCCAACACACCACUAUCAUGAGUUUCUACGGAGGCUCGUGGGACAAUUUCAAGUGGACCGUCAUUACCGUGGAUUUUGCUAACAUCUUCUCCCGCCAGUGUGACGACCAAGACUACUAUGAUUGGAGACCUUGGGACGAGAGGACAGAGAGUCAGUGUCUUUUGGGGAGCUCCAUCACGAUCGAGAGACGAAAGCCUCAGAUCUGUUGUCUCAACGGACGAGACUACGACCGGGAGUUUGACUACCACAUCUGUGACUGUACCAGUGAGGACUACGAGUGUGAUUAUGGGUUUGCUCGACCAAUGUAUGACUACUACGCUCCCUGUAUGAGAGACUAUGCCAUUGAACUGCCCAAUCCCUGUGCCGGUGGAAAGAAUAAGACCUACAUGGCCAGUACUGGAUAUCGGAAGAUAGCGGGAGACGUGUGCACCGGAGGAGAGGAGAAAUUAUUCCAGCGUUUUGAUGCUCCGUGCUGUGGCGAUGACACCCUCCCACCUUUCUUCCCUCCCCCCAAUCAACCUGGUCAAACUGUGAGUGAGAAGGUAUCAUCGAAGGGUCCGUUGGCUGCAGUUGGUGCUCUACUGGGAGUGGCUUGUCUGAUGGCGCUAGUGUUCCUGGCUAUGUUUAUCACCGUCACACUUAAGUACAGAGCAACAACAAGGAACUACAUUCGUGUUGCAACAGCUGAAGAACCAGCUUUGUUUGGCAGCUCACAGCAAGACACUGCCCAAAACCUUGCCUCUAUGGCAGGUGAAGAAGAAGAAGAUGACAAACCACUCAUACCCUAACAGUGGUCAGUUACAGAGUGACGAUCACAUUUCACUCCGCAUACAGAUUUGAGUAUGUUUUCCCUCCACUCACACCACUAACUGUUUAUAUACAUGACUAGUUUUGAACUCCAAAUUUUACCUAUGUCGUUUAUAUAAUAAUGUGGUUGUGCUCGACAUAAUUAUGGGAAUGAUGGUUCUUUUGCCAAACGUGACACACUACAUGCAAAAUGAGUGCUGCCAUAGCAACAUUUGCACCACACAGUCCGUUGUCGUACAACUUCAUGGGAUUCAACUUUAACAUUAUUUUAGCAGACCAUUACAUUUUAAUAGUAAUUUUACAGAGAUAAAUCAAUUUUGCACAUCAACAUUGAAAGUAUAGCUAUGUGGUUAAACAAAAAGUUCAUCAU